CAGAAGACCUAUAAUGUAGAUAAAACAAGACUUGUGUUAAGAAUUCUUAGCUUUGUUAAAGUCCUUGUAGGCAAGAACAACCUGAAAGAUUAUAGAGGCGCAGGUGUUGAGCAAACAAUACUAACUACAAUCAAGUGCAUAUAUAUAGACAGUGAGUCUCUUCUCUUACUAAUUUUCUAG